CAAGUUAUCUGGCUAAGCAAGUAAUCCUGCUUUGUGAAACAGGCCCCUGGUCUAAACUAACUUUACCCUGUUGUUUAACAAUGGUAGGCUGAGGAAAUUGCAUCUAACACAUGUUAAACAGCGCUUCUUGCUGAGUAUGCAAAAAUAAAAUCUAAAGUAGGGCAAAAGGGUGUUUUUAUGCAUCCUUUAACUUCGGUGAUUUGUCUUCCCUGGAUCCUAUUGCAAUCUUCAGUCUUCAGAAUUAAUAAUAUUUAAAUUGGUAUCAGAUGCAAUAUUUGGCAUCUGGACGCACAAUGACAUGCAUCUUGCAUGUUUAGGUUGCCACAUUAAUGCACGAUUCGAUUUUGCAUAAUGUUGAUGGACAUCUACUUAUCCAUUGAAUCUCUUAUAACCGCUUGUUCUGGAAACUAUACGUCUAUAACAUGCUUACAUGCGCCUUAGGACACAAAUGUUAGUGCUUGCUUAUCCACGGAAAUCUUGCUGUACAAUAUCUCUGGGCAUGUUUAGUGGUACUGGUAUCAUCUCCACAGGAGAUCGAGUCAUCGACGAGCUACGCCUUUGCAAAGCUGCUGCAACUCCUCAUCACUCAUUACAAAGCUUGCAGGUUCUCGACAACAGAAGUGCGUUAUUUUCGUCUAAAAUUCCAGGCGCGAUCAAAUAUUUAAUGCGUGUAGAAUUAUGAAUUAGAUCAUAUCUCAUCAAACGAGAGAUUCCUGAGUAUGACAAACCAUUCGGUACCUGUUUCUGGAUGCGAAGUCGGACAUAGCGGCAAAACUAUCAUCGCCUCAAUCUAUAUCUUGAUGUGCUUGUUAGGGAGCACUUUAAAUGUACUGGUCAUUUACCUGGUAGUGUCUUUCAAAAAACUUAGGACCACCAGCAAUGCCUUCAUAGUGAACGGCUCCGUGGCCGACCUCCUGGUGUGUGCGAUUUGGAUUCCUCAUGAGGUGAUGCUGAUCUCCACGGGAUCUGCUCUCGCGCCGGAGAUCCAUGCUCUUUCGGAGGCUCUCCUGUUCCUCGGCAUCACCGUUUCUCUCUUAUCCCACUCUCUCAUCGCCGCAAACCGAUAUGUUUUGAUUACCAAAGCACCUGCAACAUAUGUGUCGCUCUACCAGAAAAGAAAUGCUGAAUCCAUGAUAAUCGCUUCCUGGCUCCUAGCGCUGGGAUGUCUGUUGCCUUGGCUGGUAUCUUCUAGGCACGCACAGGAAGGAUGCUCAGAUCUACAAGUUGGGAAAGCUUUCUUUGGCAGAAAAACGUCCGUUAUGUCAAACCCUAAUGAAGACGUUAUAUUGGCUCUGACUAUUUUUGCACAGUCUGCAAUCGUCCUGUACUGCUAUUUCAAAAUAUUCCGUAGGGUCCAGAUCAGCAUGAAGAGGGUUAGUAUAUUAAAUUUCCAAAUACUUAAAAACCUGCCUUACUCCUUCCCAAGGAAGGACAGACGCCUGGGCUUUUACGUCUUGACAGUGUGCGGCAUCUUUCUGAUCACCACCCAGCCGCUGCUCUGGGUUUUGGUUGUAGGGCGUUUGAAGCCGGUUCCCUUUGCCCAUCGAUCGACGUCUUGGAUGCUCUUCUGCUGUCUCUUCGUGCUGAACCCCUUCCUAUACACCUGGAAAAACGAGGAGUUCAGAAGAUCCUUUAAAUCCGUGCUGAGGGGAGAGAUUUGCAGAGGGUCAGCAGUGGGACUUGCGCCCGUUACCGUCAACACCGUCGCUCACAUUCUUCCCCGACAGAACAGCAGAAGAGCGUUUAUUGGGCACAUGGAGUAAACCUGCACUACCAGAACGCAUAAAAGACGCUUUUUGAAACACGCUUUCCUGAUUAGGAUAUAACUUGUUUUGAUCGUUUAUCGGGGAAAUCGGCCAAACCUCCACUAUACAACGAUGCUUUUCUAACAAUGAUUUCUUCUUUAAGAUAAAAAUUUUGCAGCGAGGCUGAAGUAAACAUUUCCUUGCUAAUAUCAUGUAAUACGUUUUGGGACAGUAUCUUAAUUUCUACGUAAAGCAUUGCCGUUUGCUUUUGUAAGUAACCCCUUAACUGCUGUGGGAUCUUGGUUUAUAUUCAUGCGAUCUAUUUUUGUAUUUGUCAUUAUAAUUAUGUUUUCGUCAUUAUGAUUGCCUAUACAUUUUCUGUUGCAUGUAGUGUACUCGGAAGCCUUAAAUAGACCACAUUAGUUUUCAGUGGGCUGAUUCGUCCACCCCCACCCCUCAUCUGUAGUUCUAGCAAAGAAAAGCAACUUAUCUUACGUGGUUGCCAUAGCAGCUGAGGGCCCAUAACAGCGAAUAUCUAUGAAUUUGUUAAUAAAGGAAUAAAGACAUCAUCUUUGAACAUG